CACAUCGUAUUCUUCUUCAUCACGACACCGCCGUGCUCUGCGGCGGUGUGAGCUCUGCGGCGUGCUCUGCGCUCCCUGUCGCAAUGAGGAGCGGAAGCUCUGCGCAGAAGUACCAGCUGACCACCGCCCAGGUGCAAGAGACCACCGCGGGCUUGGACCAGGUCCCUCCUCAAUUGGUGUCCAACUCUGGCGCAGAGUCCGCCACCCUUGCUUGGCGCAUUGCAGCGACCGUUAACGAGAUGGUGUCGGCAGAGUUGGAGGAUUUUGUCGCGAAUCUGAGCAAAUCCACAUGUAGAGCACUUCAGAAGGCCAUCGGCGUGCGGCUCGAGGCACCUCCUGAGGCCAUCUACGUGCGGCUUUGCAAGCUGGCCUGUCGAAAGGCAAAGAAAGAAGACCGUGCGAGACGGGACGACAGUGAUGCUGAACCAGCAGAGUUGGGAAAUCAGAAGGAGCAGCAAGCUGCGAGAGGAAGGACAGAAGGAGAAGGAGCCGAGACCAGUAGUUUGGCUCAGGCACAAGCCAGUGACAGGGGAGAAGAGCAAGUGGCAGGACUUCCACCUCCGGAGGCACGACGAUCCAACAGCAUUUUCACGUAAAGACUAUAACGACUAAAGCAAUCUACAGUACUACAGAUUCUAUCGUUUGUGUCAAGAAGUUCAUUGUGCCGGCGCCGCGGGUUUCCAAUCUGCGCGGCACCGAUACACCGAUACACCGAUAUCCCACCCAUACACCGGUACACCGAUAUCCCCCAUCGGCGUAUCAGCGGCGCACCGAUAUCCCCCACUACACCAGCU